UCGAGAUUAAUAGUUUUUUAUUAUUGAUUUGCUUCCAGAACGUUGAGCAAAGCCUUCGGCUAAUUGCCGAGGUGGAACGACGGCCUGCUUUAUGGCAAAAGCGGUCGGAGUUUUACAAAAACGGAAUUCGGCGUAGGGAUGCGUGGACCGAGAUUGGUAGAAUCUUGGAACUUACCGUCGAAGAGGCCAGUUAUCAGUGGAGGAAGCUGCUGACCAGCUACCGGACGUAUAAGUCCAAGCUGCGUAAAAGUCAGCAAAGCGGAGCAGCGGCUGAGGACGUUUUUCGGCCAAGAUGGUUCGCCUUCGACGCGAUGAAGUUCCUUGACGAUACCAUGAAGGACGGCACGCAUCUCGAUACGUUCGAUGACGACCUAGAACAACACACCUCCACCCAAACCCACCCAAUCCCUUCUUGUUCCUAUUCCUCAAUUCCGCCGCAACCAACAAUCCCAGCACCAACCCCAGCACCAAUCCCAGCACCAACCCCAGCACCAAUCCCAGCACCAACCCCAGCACCAACCCCAGCACUAAUCCCAGCACCAACCCCAGCACCAAUCCCAGCACCAACCCCAGCACCAAGCACCAGCACCAACCUCAGCGAUGGAAAAUUAUUUCUCCAUGUUUGGCCAGUGGGUGGGGGCAUGGUUAAACCAUUUACCACGCGAGCAACAGAACGAUGCCACAAAUCGUUUGCGGCAGACGAUGCUGGAGUGGGAUCUCCAAUAUAAUAAAAAAUAAUAAAAAUAUUUACAA